UUAGUCAGCCGAUUGACAGUAUUUUUGCCGUGCAUUGUUUUGGUUGCAGUGCUUUUCUUGUUUAUUGCAUUAUUUUGUUGAAAAUUAUUGAAUUUUUCUAAGAAAAUGUCAGAUAAUGAAGAAAAAGCUGCUGGAGCAGAAGGUGCCUCAAAUGAUGAAUCAUCAAAAGACAAUCCGGACGGUCCUACGAUGCAAAAAAUCGAAGAAAUCAUAACAAUAGACCCGGAAACAUAUGACUUGGAUCUCAAUCAUCAGCGGAUAGGGCAGAUAGAGGGUCUUGAGCCUCUUGUGCGCAUCGAAAGGCUGUGUUUCAGGUGGAAUUUAAUAAAGAAAAUUGAAAAUCUACAGACAUUGACCACCCUCAAGGAAUUGGAAUUCUAUGAUAACCAAAUCACCAAACUCGAAAAUCUCGAUACUUUGGUCAAUCUUGAGAUUCUGGAUGUGAGUUUCAAUCGUCUGGGAAAGAUUGAAAAUAUUGAGAUGCUGACGAAUCUUGAACGGUUAUUCCUGUGCGCAAAUAAAAUUCCCAAGAUUGAAAACUUGGAUUCCCUGGUAAAUCUAACGAUGUUGGAAUUGGGAGACAAUAAGCUGAGGAAGAUUGAGAACCUCGAUGCCUUAGUCAAUCUCAAGCAACUCUAUCUGGGAAAGAAUAAAAUCACACGAAUUGAAAAUCUCGAUAAACUGACCAAUUUGACGUGCUUGAGUCUCCAAGCCAAUCGGAUUACAAAGAUUGAGAACCUGGAAAAACUUACUGAACUCUCUGAGCUGUACUUAUCUGAGAAUGGAAUUGAAAAAAUUGAGAAUUUGGAGAAUAACAAGGCUAUUGAGACGCUGGAUUUGGCACAAAAUAUGAUCAGCAAGAUUGAAAAUCUUUCCCACCUCACGGAACUCGAGGAAUUCUGGCUCAAUGAUAAUUCCGUCUCUGAUUGGAGUUGCAUCAAUCAUUUAUCGGGAAAUAGUAAAUUGGUCACAAUUUAUCUGGAGCGCAAUCCCGUAGCGUCUGAUGUUCAGUAUCGGACAAAGCUCAAAUUGGCCAUAGCGUCUCUCACAAAAAUUGACGCCACCCUGUGUCGCUAGUCUUCGGAGGAAAGUUAAAAAACAGGCCGCUUAAGAAAAUAUCAAUACCUUUUGUUUAGGAAUGAAAGAGAUAAAUUUGAUAAAAAUCGCGAAACAAUAAAAACAGAGUCUCUUGGCAAUUCUUGGGAACACAGCGUCUCUACUUGAGACCAUUGUCUGCAGCUCCAUCAUCCGAUUCAUCGUCCUCAGAGGCCUCAAUUUGAGCUCCGAGGUCUCGCAGUUGCUGUCGAUACUGUUUGAUCCUGGUAUCCUGCAAGAAAUUGUAAAAGGGGGUUAUCAUUGAGAUUUUUAAAGUCUACACAUUUUUUCUCUUUGUCUUUUUAAAAAUAAAAAAAACCACUUAAUAAAUUUAUCUUUAAUCCUAAAUAAA